AAUUAUUAAAAAUAAAAACAAUAAAGUUGCCGCUAGGGCUCAUCACUCAGCACUCGCCGGAACCAGACCACCCGGCUGCCGGCUGGCACUACAGCCACCACUGUCGCUUUCUCUUCUGGUCUUCAAAUUUCAAUUAUCCAUCUCUCUCUUUCUCUGUCCAUGCUUUAUACGUAGAUGUUACCGAAACAUCUCUGUGUCUGUGUGGAAUUGCCCAAGAGUCUAAAGUUCUACGUUUUCUUAACCCCGAAUUCUUUGGCGAUUGAUUGCUGAAUUUCAUUCCGUCACAUGCAGUUAGAGUUGAUUAGCGUCGAUCUCCGUUGAAAUUUGAACUCGCAAUCUCUUUUCUCCAGACGGAAUUCCGAGUUUUCUCUGAGAGAAAUGAUGAAGUCCGGCAACGGCAAGUCUCACGCCGAAGAGGAAGAUGACGGCGACGAUUAUGAUUCCCCUUCCUCUAGAGGUGAAAUGGCGAAAGAUGAUGGCAAGAGUAGUGACCAAAAGGGAAACACCCACAGGUCGAAGCAUUCCGAGACUGAACAACGGAGGAGAAGCAAGAUUAAUGAGAGGUUUCAGAUUCUAAGGGAACUUAUACCACAAAAUGAUCAGAAAAGAGACAAGGCUUCCUUCUUGUUAGAGGUUAUAGGCUACAUACAGUUUUUACAGGAAAGAUUGCAUAGGUAUGAAGGAUCAUACAAUGGCUCGAGUCAGGUGCCAACCAAAUUGACCCCAUGGAAAAACCAUCUGCCUUCGGAAAUUCUAGUGGACCACUCUCAAAUUUUGAAGAAUGGUUCUGCUCAUGAAAGUACUCUAGCACCAGCCAAUGCCCGAAGUUCGAUGGAAUUUGACUUGGAAGCUUCUACAAUAUGCAAAGCAUUGAAUCAUGCCCCUGGAACUCCACCAGUUCAAUAUAACUUGCUUCCAGACUCGUGUAUGUUUGGUGCUAUUCGAGGGCUAAAUGGCAUGUCUACACCAUGUUUGCAAGAUUCCACUUCAGAGGCUGAAAACAUGGCCCAUCAGAGUCAGUCUGGACUUUGGCAUGGUCAACCAUUUGUUACAGAGUGUACAGCACCAAGCAGUCUACUGAAUGGCCAACAGCUGACAAGGGAAGGUGGGACUGCUAGCAUCUCAGAUGUUUAUUCCCAAGGGGUACUGAGCAGUCUGGCGCAGGCACUGCAGUCAUCUGGUGUGGAUUUAUCACAGACAAGCAUCUCAGUGCAGAUUAAUGUCGACAAAAGUGCAAACCAUGGACCAACUGCUUUGGGCCUAUCACCUCCAAAGGUUGAUGAAGAAGCCCAAUAUUUGAACAACCAAGUGAUGGAGGAACAAAGCCCUGCAGACGAGUCUGAUCAACAUAGCUGUAAGAGACUUAGAACAGAAAAUUGCUAAUGUGUUAUAUUUAAUUUUUGUUCCCCAUAUGGUCUAAUAUGGCCAUCGUGGAAUGGCAAGCUGUGAUUUAUUUUUCCCGUUGCUCAUACCGUGAUUCCAAGCCCAUUUUCUCUGCAUAAUGUUUAUUGUCUGAGAGGAGGAAGUCUGUAUAUUCGUGUAUUUAAUUAAUACCUGCAUGCAUGUAGUGAUUUUCUGGUAGUUCCAGCAUGAGCUUAAGUGCAACCUUUCGAAUUGUGCUAACCCUGAGUGCUAUGUUGUGAUGGUAAGUCUCGAGGAUGCGGCUUCUCCAUCUCUGGCUGAUGAGCAAUCAGCAUCGAGUUCGUCGUUGCUCUCAGUUAUUGCUCAGAUCACCAGACAUUGCAUCAUCGUGUACUCUUUCUGGUUGUUCUUGAUUCACGCUGAGCAUGUCUACAAGUGAUGGCUAGUUGUCGAUGUUUGUCAUGUUCGUCAGUAUUCUUACCAACCCCAAGACUUAGUAGAGCAAUAUUAGGUGAAGCUGCCAUAACGUUCUGUCAAGCCGUUCUUUGGAUAUGCUGCUGCUCAAACAUGGUGGUGUGGAGCUUUUCCUCUAUUCAUGCAUUGAGGGCCAAUGGAUAACCGUUGCUAUGGUUGACUAUUUUGAGGAAAACUCACAUUCUCUCUUUGUUAAUUGACAAAAUCUUUAUCAACUUGUGUGGUAAAGCUCAAAUUAUGCGGCAAAGUGAUGAGUAUAUUAUUAUUGCUACCAUUAUUAGUGUUUUAUGGGAAGUGGGUUACUUAGAGGUUGAUUACCAUAAGGGGUGUAGACGGGUAGAUUAGGAUUAGUAGGGGCCAAGUAAUUGUGUGGCAGUGGGUUUUGGUGUUCGGUUAGGGUUUUAGUGUAACCAGUCAAUAAAUAAACAAGUACUCGG